UUUCACUGAGGCGUGCCCAAAAGGAAGAUCGACUAUCAUACAUAAUGUGUGUGAUCCGCAUCGCAAGGCAAAAGAGGUUUGCUAUUUCAAUCAAAUAUUGGGGUCCAGUGUGAGCAGUAUUCUUCAAUGAGCUGUUAUGAUUUUAUUCGAAAACGUCAUUUUCAUCUCUUCUUAUUGCAUGUCAAUACCAUCUCAACCUUGCUCCCCUCACCUUCUCUGCAUUGUCAACCACCUAACAUCUUCUUCUUAUUUCUUCAUUCCAUAAUGUCUCUGACCAGCUCUCCUUCAUCUCUUCUUAUUACAUGUCCAUACCAUCUCAACGACUCAACCUUACAUCCCUCACCUUCUCUGCAAUGUCUACCACACCACAUGUUCUGAUCUCUUCAUUCCAUAAUGUCUCUGACCAGCUCUCCUUCAUCUCUUCUAAUUACGUGUCCAUACCAUCUCAACCUUGCCUCCCUCACCUUCUCUGCAAUGUCUACCACCCACGUCUUCUGAUAUUUUCAUUCCGUAAUGUCUCUGACCAGCUCUCCUUCAUCUCUUCUAAUUACGUGUCCAUACCAUCUCAACCUUGCUUCCCUCACCUUCUCUCCAAUGUCUACCACCCACGUCUUCUGAUAUUUUCAUUCCGUAAUGUAUCUGACUGGCUGUCCUUCAUCUCUUCUUAUUAUGUGUCCAUGCCAUCUCAACCUUGCUUCCCUCACCUUCUCUGCAAUGUCUACCACCUAACAUCUUCUUAUCUCAUAUCCUAUAUAAUUUCAAUAUUUAGGUAAAAGUUGCUGUGCCUGAGAAAUGUUCUGAGGGAACUUGUGAUGGUUGCAGGUAAUGCUUAUAUUUUGUCCUCCAUUUCUUCCAUAAUUAUAAACUUUAUUAUAAAAACCAGGAAAACUAGCUAGCAUUAAAAGUAAUAUAUAAUAUCAUUCUGUGCAUACAGCUGUCUGAUUAUAUUUUCCCUCGUUCGCAUGCGAGAGAAAAUGCAACAAAAUUUCUAAAUACUAUAUGUUUUCUUGUAUUUUAGUUUCCACUUUAUCGUGUACUCCUCAGCGGCUUGUCCUUUGUGUACUACAGCUGACUAUGACAGUAUUGUCACUGGUUGUGUGGUAUGUUCAAAUAUUUAUUGCUAGCCCUGAUCAAACGAGAACAAGAGUUGCACGAGAGUUGACAAGCGAGUGCUUGCAUCAAUGAGAGUUUCCUCAACUUUCAUUGAUUGAUCAAGCGAGAACAAGAGUUGCACGAGAGUUGACAAGCGACAGUUUGCAUCAAUGAGAGUUUCCUCAACUUUCAUUGAUUGAUCAAGCGAGAACAAGAGUUGCACGAGAGUUGACAAGCGAGAGUUUGCAUGAUCAAACGAAAAAAAUAUGAUAACUUUUUUGUCUUUUGUAGCUUGUUCGUCUAGAUAGAAUCUCGUAACUUCAAUGGACCUGAAUUCCAUUUACUGAUUCUUUCCAUUUUUGUUUUGCAGAAGGGCAAGAAAUACACGACGUUUGUCUGGAAAAGCUCACAGUAAGUUCCCACCGUGCACACGACGUUGUUUCAACGUUGAAAUUUGGUAGAAAAAAGGUUGCGACGUCGACAACCUAAUAUCUACGUUGCUCUGACGUUGUUUUACAAACAUUGGUUCAACAGCAGCCAACAGACGUUGAAUUAACGUUCAUUCAUGGUUAAAUGUACAACGUCGAUUUGUGAACCAAUCCCAACGUUGUUUUAACGUGGAUUCAACGUUGAAUUAUGGUUGACGAGAUUGGCAACCUAAUUUCAACGUUGUUUCAACGUCGAAACAGUAACGUCGAUCCAAUUUGCAUAGUCAACCCUUUUUCAACGUCUAUCCAACGUCUGGAAGGUCAUUUCCAACGUUGAUUCAACGUUGGAUAAACGUCAUUUUGCCCGCUGGGAAUUAUUAAAAUAAUCUUUUCACACUAAACAGACACGCGAGAAAUUCGUUGUUUCGAUUCUCGAGUAGAAUUUCAACUCACAUACUUGCGUUCUCAGAAGAAACUAGACCAUGAGUUCAAUGAUGGUCUGUAUAAUCACGAAGUUAUAUGAGUCGUUGCUCACAUUCUCGUUAAAUUUCCAGCUUGUGUCUUGGUGGUGUGACUUUACCAGAACGUAACUCAACGACUUGCAGCAUUUUGGAGAGAUCUGUCAAAGAUUUUGCGGUAAGAUUCUAUUAAUGUGUUCACUGCAAAAAUCCCGGAACAUACUUUGACUAAAAUUUUGAGUAAGAUUACUCAAAUUUGUAAUUAUGAACAAAUUAACACAAUUUUUGAGCGAAUUUUCAAAUAUAUCCAAUGUUUUGAGGAGAGAUUUACUUUCCUCAAAAAUGGGAGAAAAGUUGCUCAUAAAUUUGGGUCAGUGUUGGUUUCAGAGUUAAAUUUCUUUGCAGCGUUUUUUAAAAAGUAUUGCGUCUGAAGUAUAUUAUAUAUUUGAUGUUUAUUGAAACUCUCUUGCAGUAUAUUUACACUGAAUUAACGAGUCCAAAGUAUUACUAAAACUAUAUUUACAUAAAUACAUACAACUGUUAAAACUGUGCAUAAACAUUAAAGAUAUUUAAAAGUAAAAAAUUGUUCAGAUCUUAAAGUUAUGCAUUUAGUUGUGUUCUUAAAUAAAAUAGUAUUGUCUUGCCCAUUUGUAGGCUAUACCUGCAUUCGCUCAUCUUAUGUUUUGGCAGCAUAAAAUGCAGGGGAUGAUCCUCCUUCUUCAUUUUAGUCAUAUAUUUUUUACAUAAUAGUUCGCGUCUGCUCUCCAAUGUUGGUAUCUGUGCCAUCAUCAUCGCCUCAUUAUAAUUAUCUAUGGAAGGGAAGAUGGUUCGAAGUGCCAUUGUCUGUAUUGAUUCUAUCCUUUCACUUAAAUAGUCCGGGAUCGCUUGCCAUAUUGGAACAGCAUUUUCCAAUACGGGUCUGAUAGUAGUUAGAUAGUAGAUAUUAUAGUAGUAUGAUAGUAGAUAGUCGAUAUAUGAUAGUAGCUAUUUCUUCUUUAUCAGAUUGGCCUUGAUAGUAGUUAGAUAGUAGAUAUUAUAGUAGUAUGAUAGUAGAUAGUCGAUAUAUGAUACUAGUUAUUUCUUUUUUAUCAGAUUGGCCUGGCAGUCUUUGCUGGUUUCGUGAUUCUCAUGGUUUUGGCAGUUUUGAUUCUCUGCUAUAAAAACAAAAGGUACAGUAAGACAACGUGUGUAUCUCAGACGGAGAUAUUAUAGAUUGCGCCACAUAUUACAGUGAUUGAUGUUCGAUAAUUUAAUUUCAAUAUUCCAAUCAAUUAGGUUUAACCAGGGACGCCGGAACGAUAAUAGGGCAAAGGGGGGCGGACACACACCAAGGGCACCUUUACUGAAAAUUUUUUUUUCACUGCAUACAAAAAUUUUCCGUGAAGCCAAAAAUUUUUCCGGAUAUCUUAACUUUUCGCCAUUUCUUCAAAAUAUUUUUCUAAAUUCCAAAAAUUUCCCAAAAUUUUUAUAAAUAUAAACUAUAAAUUACCUGAAUCUCGUGAUUUUCCUACACAAAGCAUCGUUGGAAAUGUGAUUUAUCACGUAUUAUUUUACAACUAAAAGGGCACUUCUGCCCCCCCUGCCCCCCCUAGCAAAAGGCAAGGGGGGCAGCCGCCCCCCCUGCCCCCCCCCAGUUCCGGCGUCCCUGGGUUUAACUGAUAACUUUGAACUGUUACAGUUCGGAUCUUCAACGGUAAUCACAAUUGACCAUUCAACAGUACAUAUAGUGUAUUGAGUUUCUUCAGUCGAUCAUUUAAUCAUUGUAAUAAAUAUUCUCAAUUUCUUAUAUAAAUUUUUGCUUGAAACUUGCAAGAUAAUUUUUCAGUUCGGUCACGAAAAAUUUUGUUUUGGCCCAGCACACCUAAGAGGCUUUUCUACACGCAUCUGUCUCGGUGGAACGUGUUUGCCACAAAUGGAACACGUUGGCCACAAUCUGCUGCACGAUAGUGCUUAGCCAAACAUACGUAUACUUUUUUUUCUGUGUUGGUCAGUUGGCAGAGCAUUGGGCUAGUACCGCGUAGCUCAGUUAGCAGAGCAUUGGGCUAGUAUUCCAAAGGUCGUAGGUUCGAUUCCCACCGUGGCCGGGCAUAUCUUUCAAGCUCGCCCGGUGUGGAAAUACACUCAGACUAACAUCACAAAUAUCAUAUUCACCUGAGUACACAACACCAACACAGAAAAAAUCAUAUUACUAGAUUACAUUGGUAUCGAAGGAACUAGAUUCUGUUCCGAAAUAUCACUUACUCGAACCGUCCUGACCGCGUAGCUCAGUUGGCAGAGCAUUGGGCUAGUAUUCCAAAGGUCGUAGGUUUGAUUCCCACCGUGGCCGGGCAUAUUUUUCAAGCUCGCCCGGUGUGGAUAUACACUCAGAGUAACAUCACAAGCGUCAUACGUAUACUUUCUUCUCUAGAUUGGAAUACAAAUAUCACAAGUUGAUCCAGAACUCCUCAGAUCGUUCAGGAGAAUUGCCCGGGGCACCACAGUGUGUUGGGGAUGAUGAUGAUGAUGAUGAGGAAGAGGUAGGGAUAACUUGUAAGGAUGGGGAUAACUUGGAAAUGAAAUUUAUAUAUACAGUAGAACCCCGCUAACUCGAACUCCCAAGGGGAACGAAAAAUUGUUCGAGUUAGCGGGGGACUACUGUAUUACAUAGGGAUAGUUUGUAGGAUAUAUAGAGAUAAUUUGUAAAAUAUAUGGAAACAACCAUGCAAUGCCUUGGAGCCAAGGACAUUACUUAGAAUAGUAUCACCUCCAAUGACUAAACUAAAUUUCUUUAUACUGGAAAGCUUAUCAGUUCUAAACUGUUCUUCCUAGAAGGUCCAAUUCCGUCCUAAAAGUUGAAUAUGUUCGGCAUAAAAAUUCAACUUUAACGGCAUAACCAUCCAAGUUGAAUAGUUAUGCGGAAGACAGUAAACGGCAUAACCAUUGAUGGUGUUUAUGACGUCGUAUAUCGACGUCAUAAACAGCAAACUUGAUGGUGUUUAUGACGUCGUAUAUCGACGUCAUAAACACCAAACUUGAUGGAGUUUAUGACGUCGAAUAUCGACGUCAUAAACACUAAAUUUAAUUGUGUUUAUGACGUCGAAUAUCGACGUCAUAAACACCAAACUUGAUGGUGUUUAUGAAGUCGAAUAUCGACGUCAUAAACACCAAACUUGAUGGUGUUUAUGACGUCGUAUGUCGACGUCAUUAACACCAAACUUGAUGGUCUUUAUGACGUCGUAUAUCGACGUCAUAAACACCAAACUUGAUGGUGUUUAUGACGUCGUAUAUCGACGUCAUAAACACCAAACUUUGGUGUUUAUGACGUCGUAUAUCGACGUCAUAAACACCAAACUUAAUGGUGUUUAUGACGUCGUAUAUCGACGUCAUAAACACCAAACUUGAUGGUGUUUAUGACGUCGUAUAUCGACGUCAUAAACACCAAACUUGAUGGUGUUUAUGACGUCGUAUAUCGACGUCAUAAACAGCAAACUUGAUGGUGUUUAUGACGUCGUAUAUCGACGUCAUAAACAGCAAACUUGAUGGUGUUUAUGACGUCGUAUAUCGACGUCAUAAACACCAAACUUGAUGGUGUUUGUGACGUCGUAUAUCGACGUCAUAAACACCAAACUUGAUUGUGUUUAUGACGUCGUAUGUCGACGUCAUAAACACCAAACUUGAUGGUGUUUAUGACGUCGUAUAUCGACGUCAUAAACACCAAACUUGAUGGUGUUUAUGACGUCGAAUAUCGACGUCAUAAGCACCAAAAUUGAUAGUGUUUAUGACGUCGUAUAUCGACAUCAUAAACACCAAACUUGAUGGUGUUUAUGACGUCGUAUAUCAACGUCAUAAACACCAAACUUGAUGGUGUUUAUGACGUCGUAUAUCGACAUCGUAAACACCAAACUUGAUGGUGUUUAUGACGUCGUAUAUCAACGUCAUAAACACCAAACUUGAUGGUCUUUAUGACGUCGUAUAUCGACGUCAUAAACACCCGACUGGAUGGUGUUUAUGACGUCGAAUAUCGACGUCAUAAACACCAAACUUGAUGGUGUUUAUGACGUCGUAUAUCGACGUCAUAAACGCCAAACUUGAUGGUGUUUAUGACGUCGUAUAUCGACGUCAUAAACACCAAACUUGAUGGUGUUUAUGACGUCGAAUAUCGACGUCAUAAACACCAAACUUGAUGGUGUUUAUGACGUCGUAUAUCGACGUCAUAAACACCAAACUUGAUGGUGUUUAUGACGUCGUAUAUCAACGUCAUAAACACCAAACUUGAUGGUGUUUAUGACGUCGAAUAUCAACGUCAUAAACACCAAACUUGAUGUUGUUUAUGACGUCGUAUAUCGACGUCAUAAACACCAAACUUGAUGGUCUUUAUGACGUCGUAUAUCGACGUCAUAAACACCCGACUGGAUGGUGUUUAUGACGUCGUAUAUCGACGUCAUAAACACAAACUUGAUGGUGUUUAUGACGUCGUAUAUCGACGUCAUAAACACCAAAUUUGAUGGUGUUUAUGACGUCGUAUAUCGACGUCAUAAACACCAAACUUUGGUGUUUAUGACGUCGUAUAUCGACGUCAUAAACACCAAACUUGAUGGUGUUUAUGACGUCGUAUAUCGACGUCAUAAACACCAAACUUGAUGGUGUUUAUGACGUCGAAUAUCGACGUCAUAAACGCCAAACUUGAUGGUGUUUAUGACGUCGUAUAUCGACGUCAUAAACACCAAACUUGAUGGUCUUUAUGACGUCGUAUAUCGACGUCAUAAACACCCGACUGGAUGGUGUUUAUGACGUCGUAUAUCGACGUCAUAAACACAAACUUGAUGGUGUUUAUGACGUCGUAUAUCGACGUCAUAAACACCAAACUUGAUGGUGUUUAUGACGUCGUAUAUCGACGUCAUAAACACCAAACUUGAUGGUGUUUAUGACGUCGAAUAUCGACGUCAUAAGCACCAAAAUUGAUAGUGUUUAUGACGUCGUAUAUCGACAUCAUAAACACCAAACUUGAUGGUGUUUAUGACGUCGUAUAUCGACGUCAUAAACACCAAACUUGAUGGUGUUUAUGACGUCGUAUAUCAACGUCAUAAACACCAAACUUGAUGGUGUUUAUGACGUCGAAUAUCAACGUCAUAAACACCAAACUUGAUGGUGUUUAUGACGUCGUAUAUCGACGUCAUAAACACCAAACUUGAUGGUGUUUAUGACGUCGUAUAUCGACGUCAUAAACACCAAACUUGAUGGUGUUUAUGACGUCGUAUAUCGACGUCAUAAACACCAAACUUGAUGGUGUUUAUGACGUCGUAUAUCGACGUCAUAAACACCAAACUUGAUGGUCUUUAUGACGUCGUAUAUCGACGUCAUAAACACCCGACUGGAUGGUGUUUAUGACGUCGUAUAUCGACGUCAUAAACACAAACUUGAUGGUGUUUAUGACGUCGAAUAUCGACGUCAUAAACACCAAACUUGAUGGUGUUUAUGACGUCGAAUAUCGACGUCAUAAACACCAAACUUGAUGGUGUUUAUUAGGUCGAAUAUCGACGUCAUAAACACCAAACUUUAUGUUGUUUAUGACGUCGAAUAUCGACGUCAUAAACACCAAACUUGAUGGUGUUUAUGAAGUCGAAUAUCGACGUCACACACAACGGGAUAACCAUUCAAGUUGAAUGGUUAUGGCGUUGAAUAUGUUCGGCAUAUAAGCAUUCAACUUAAUUAUAGAUGUUUAUGCAGGCGUUCAAUAUGUUCAGGCCAACUUUGGGGGCCAAGGUAGCCGUUUUUAUGUUGAACAUUGUGCGACAUUAGGCGACAUUGGCAAUUCUUAAAGAAAAGUAGUAUACGUCGCUGGGCGAAUUUGGGGAUAUUAAGCGAUAUUAAGCGAACUUAUAGUCGUAUAGAAUGCAUGUUUGGCAAAGUUCAAGAAUUGGGUGCACAUGGACAAAAUUUGGCGAAAUUAGGCGACCUUGGCCCCUAAUGUAUAGGUCUUAAGCUGUUCUCCCUAGAGUGCAUAUCUUAUUGAUCCAGUGUUACUACAGUAGGAAACCUAAACUAAACUAACUUUAUUUAUAGUGGAUGGAUAGCUCUAUCUGUUCUAAACUGAAUGUUCUCGCUUAGAAAUCCAGUAAGGGUCAUGUCUUAUUGAUCCAGUGUUACUAAAGCCAGGAGAAAACAAAAACUAUAAGUAUAUAUCAUACUGAACAACUCUAUCAGUUCUCAAGUGGUACGAUAAUGGCCUCAUGCGAGUGCUAUAUAUUAUCAUUUUUUUAGGUCCACUUCAAAAAUAGUGAAGGACGUGGAAAAAGAUUUUUGAAAAACAUCAAAAGCAAAUUUAGUGGUGAUUCCAAAUUCUCGGUACGUGGACUUAUAUUAUAGAUCGAGCCUAUCGUAAAAUUUGAGCUCAUGUUCGUGUAUAAACAAUAUACGUUGUAUAAAUAAUAUACUUUAUGUUUGUGUAUGUUUUAUAGGAUCAAUAUAGUUUCAAUAACUUCAGUGAUGAUGAUAUAGGAUCAAUUGAACCUACUUCAAAGACUCCCUUGAGUUAAGCUGGUGAGCGUGAGUUAUUCCUACAGUUUAAUACGGCUGUAGUCUAAAAGCUCGCUUAUGCUAUUCACGUUCAAAGUGUGGAGGUUCAAUCUGCAUGUGUUUCUAAUGAGUGUCAGUACUGUUUUUGAAUAACUGGAGGGUCAGCAGUCAAAGUGUUAGUAACGACAAUAACCUUCAGCUAUUCAAAAACACAAGGGCGUAGGAAGCAUCAAAGGUUUGGGGGGGGGGCAUCGGCUUCUAGGGGAACUUUAGGGUAUUGAAAAGGGGCACCUAAAAAUUUUCCCCGGAAAUGUUGGCGACGGGGGGGGGGGCAGAGGGUGCAUAAAUAUUUUCCCGUCGUACCAUACCGUAAUUGCACGUUUUUGACCAAAUUUUUUUAAAAAACUUCAAAAAGGGCACCUUUUAUGUUAAUUUAGUAUUUACAGCGACAUUAGCUUGUACAAAAAGGGCACUUUUCGUCACAAAAAAGGGCACUUUUCAUCACAAAAAAGAGCACUUUUAGUCCUUUGAAAAAAUUUAAGGGGGGGGGCAUGUUCCCCCCGUGCCCCCCGGUUCCUACGCCCCUGCAAAAACAACAUUGACACUCGAGAGAAGCUCAGAGUGAACCUCCACUUUUUGAGUGUUAAUGUGAGCUUUUAGAGUACAGUAUACAGGCGUUAGUAUUGAAUAGGUAUCUAUAUAUAUUGAAUGUGUUUGGUACUUACAGUAAUAUAUAAAUUAUUUCUGAUUUUAGUAUAUAUUUAUGCUUUUUUUAUUUAAGAUGCGAAGGACAAAUCCUUGAAGAAUAUAAUUUGAAGAAGAUUACAGUGAAUAUAACUUAGUUUUGAAGAAGAGUAGUUUAACAAAACCAACAAAAAACAAUCUUUUUGUAAACUUGCGAAUUUUUGGUUUGCGCUUGAAGUCAUAUAGCUGCCAUGUUUGAGGAACGCUGUAAACAAAAGAAUAUUUUCAGCAGCUGUUGCAUUUCGGGUGUGUUUUCAUUCAACAUGAACGCCAUAUUUCUGUCUUAUAAAUCUCAAGGGGUUGACUGCAAACCACCAUUACAUUUGUAGCAAUAUAGUUGGUUUCAGCUGUACAGGGUGUCUAAAAAAAGCGAAGCGAAGUAGAAAUUCACCUUAUAAUUAUGAAUGCCUGAGUCCCUAAAACACAAUUGGCCUUUCUCACGCCGCCAUUUUUGGGUGGCUUUUCAGCCGAAGUCUGCGAGAUACGUCCACAUAACAGCGACUUUUUAUAUAUUUUUUGACGAAUAAUGGUAAAUUUGCUUUGUAAAUGGUUAGUUUAUUUUGAAAAAUUGCUUUUCACAUUGUCCGUUUACAGUAAUUGUCUGCAUUGGUUACGAGAAUUAGAUACCACACAAAAAUGGCGGAUAAUCGUCACGUGAGAAAGGCUAAUGGACGACUUACGCUUUAGAAAAAAUUUUAAACUGGGAAUAACAAAGGAUAUUUUCUGAAAGAAGUUAUCAAAAUUAGAAAAACUGCAAAGUUUGGUUGCGAAAUGUUGUAAAAUACGGAAAAUAUAGUGGAAAUUGGUAACUAAUUUAGUUACCAAUUCACGCACGUAAUACAAAAAUAUACAAAUUUGCCAACUCUGAAGGGCUAUAUUGUCCGUAUUUUACAACAUUUCGCAACCAAACUUUGUAAUAUUACUAAUUCCAAGACGCUCUUUCCAGCUGUGGUGAUAGAUUUCGUUGUUCGUACUUAGAUUAAAGUUUAGUCUAAACGGCAAGUCGUCCAUUGAAUCGAAUUUUAUGCAUGGACGUUGUUUCGACGUUUUUGGUAUCAUUCAACAUAUGAAUAUGAUUUGCUGAUUAGCGUGUAAAACAGUAAAAACUCUUUGCUCUGUAGACGGUUGAACCAUUUUUAAUCGAACUCAUGGGACUAAUUUCUAAGACUAAGCACCCUGUAUGGACCUCCUAUACGACUAGUUACCGAACAUUAAUUUGAAAUUGAGUACUUAUCGCAUUAAUAUAUAGUCAAUAUUAGAUAAAUUUGGUUAAAACUAAGAACAUUUUAGAGGUAUCUUCUCGUUCAAAUGCAGAAACAAUUUCAGUCCAUAAAGUCUUUCACAACAAAGUAAUGGACGAAGUUUUAUAGCUCCUGACGCAUAGGGAAAAGGAGUCGUUUUGUUAUAAGUAAUUAGUAACAAUGGGGCCUGAAUAUAUAGGGCUUCAAAUACUAUUAUAUUAUAGCUAGUAGUAUUUGAAUAAAGUAGCAUUAUUAUAGUUUCGAGUGCAUGCAAAAAAAAAGGCACGAGUGAGUUUUUUGACACGAAUUUUGCACGAAUGGAAGUCUUUGCAAAGCGAGUGAAAAUGAUGCUAUUACUGAUUAUAAUGAUAUACAGUUAAUAUUUGGCUGUUUAGCAGCUUAGCUUGAUAUCAGUUGAAUAGCGUAUUUAUAUUCUGUAGUAUUUCAUUUGUGGCGAAUAAACUUUUAGAGUGAAAGUCAAUGGCUACUCGAAUUGCAUGGUGAACAAAAUGGUG